GCGGUACACUUCAACAUGAUACAAGUAUCGAUCUAAAGAAGCAAAUUACGAUACGGUAUCGAUCCGCUAUAUUUUUGUGAAAAACAAACAGCAUUGCUUCAUAUUAUCAUCUGAAAUCCAUUAAACAAAGCUUUUAAAGUAAAAUAAUUGUAAAAAAACACCGAAAGAUCGAAAAUUUUGAAAGUGAAAGUACUUGCGAGUCUCGUUUCCGGGAAUGGGGCACUAUGUUAGGAAGCGUUUGAUUGGUCGUUUCACGAUGACUGUUUCAUGGUUAGCCAAUCAAAUAGUAGAUUACAAAACCAUUGCUAGACUAAAUGUGUUUAUAAAUGGACGACUGGGAUGAGUUAGUUACGCCGCAAGGCACAAAAUCGUCCGUGUGGAAGACGAUCGGUCAGCCUGUUUAUAAAAACAAAGAUGGCAGUGGCAUCAGGAAGACUGACAAAACAAAAACCAUAUGCAAGCCAAGUACCCAGAUAUAUUGGCGGGGGUACAGCGUUAAUCGCAGUGUGUAUCGUGAUGAUGUAUUCGCUCGCAACAUUGAUUGAAGUCCAACCAAUCGGAUGGCCUCGAUACCAUAUGAACCUGGAUCCACCACUCUUUCUGGUAAAGUCAAAUCCUGAGAUAUUACAUGUUCUAUACUACAACCAGCCUGAAUGGGUGAGUGGGAAGGAGUUCGACGGUUGUCAAUACCCAUGUAAAAUGACAUCUGGAUCAGCAAAUAUUUCCUUCGCCAAGUUCGUUAUUUUCCAUGGACCACGACUAAACUCUAAGAAACCACCAAAGAAGUCAUCUGGUCAGGUUUGGAUUAUGCAUGGUAUGGAGUCCCCGACUAACUAUUGGAACGACUUGUCACAAUGGAAUCAUUUGUUUAAUUGGACAUUUACGUAUAGGAGAGAUUCCGAUGUUUUCUCACCUUAUUCGAGUAUUUCAACAUACUCCACGAGAUAUAACACCAUCUGUCGAGUGGAAAACAAAGGACAGAUCAUCAGCCUGGAUGGCUUCUCACUGUAGAACCCCAGGAAAACGAGAACAAUACAUACAGCUUCUCCGUAAAUCUACUGAUGUUCACGUGUACGGCGGCUGUGGAACAUAUAGAUGUGCCCGAUCCAAAGAAAAGAGCUGUAUGGAAAUCCUUCGAAAGCAUUAUCGGUAUUAUUUGGCAUUUGAAAAUUCUUUGUGUGUAGAUUAUGUAACAGAAAAAGGGUUUAAAACAUACACUUUUUCACCAUCAACAAUCCCGGUGAUGAGAGGUGAUUCAAAUUAUUCCCUCUUCUUUCCACCCGGGUCAUACAUUGAUACAAAAAACUUUGAAACCGCCUUUACCUUAGGAAAAACCAUCAACAUAAAUGAGAGUGUAAUGGAUAAUACGACAAGUGCUCUGUUUUCAUGGAGAAAGUAUUAUUCCAUUGAUCCAAAAAUAGUGCAUGACAAGUGGUGUAAUUUAUGCGAACGUAUUCAUCAUGCUGAGAGCUACAAACGUUUGUAUUCAAAUGUCAAAUCCUGGUUAAAUGACAAUGUAAGGUCGGCAUGUAAAUCUCCCACCGAUUUGAAAUAACUGAUUUAUUUUAUUGUUCAUGCAUACAUAUUUAAAUGAUUUAAUUUCAAUCACCGCGAAAUUGUCAUGGAUAUAUAUUUACAUUUGCUCCGCAUUUCCCCAUUGACACAAUGCUAAGAGGCAGUUGCCACCAUACGCCUAUAACACCCAGUGCCUCAGGCUAUAACACC